AUGGAAAAUGAAAAUGACACCAGACUGACCUAUUUCUACUUUCAUCCCUUUUCAACCAUCCCAGAGGUGCGUUUGUUGAUUUUUGUUUUUUUCCUAGCUUUGUUCCUGCUCAGUCUUUGGGUGAAUUCUGCUGUUUUACUCAGUGUGUACAAUGAACGCUCCCUCCACACACCCAUGUAUUUUUUCUUGUCGAACUUGGCCACGCUGGAAAUGGUCUAUUCCUUUGUCCUUGCUCCCCUUACCCUGGCCAACCUCAUCUCUACAAAGAAACCCUCCAUCACCUUGGCCGGGUGUGGCACCCAGAUGUUUUUCUUUAUUCUCUUGGGAAGCAGUGACUGUGUCUUGCUAUCCGUCAUGGCUUAUGACCGCUAUGUGGCCAUCUGCCACCCUCUGCGCUAUUCAACCAUUAUGAGCUGGAAGGUGUGCACUGCCCUUGUAGCUGGGACCUUCACCAUGUGCUGCUUGUUUGGCAUGCAGAUCAGUAUCUUGAUAUUACGCCUCCCAUUCUGUGGCAACCAUGAGAUCGAUCACUUUUUCUGUGACUUCCCGGCUGUCUUAAAACUAGCCUGUGGGGAUAUUCAUGCUCAUGAAACCACAUUCAUCCUCAUCUGUGCCGUUGUCCUGGCUAUUCCAUUUCUCUUAGUCACAGUCUCUUACGUUUUCAUUGUGAUGGCCAUCUUGCGAAUUAGCACCAAUUCCGGUCGGCAACGGGCUUUCUCUACUUGUUCCUCUCAUUUGAUGGUUGUCAUUAUGCAGUACAGCUGCGGCAGCUUAAUUUACCUGCAGCCUGGCUCCAGUUUCUCAGCAGAGGAAAAUCAGGUGGUGUCUAUAUUCUAUACCUUUGGCACCCCUGUGUUAAACCCCCUGAUCUAUACCAUGCGGAACAGGGAGUUAAAAGAGGCACUGACCAAAAUCCUGAGAAAGAAUCUGUUGUGCAAAUGA